AGUCAAAGAUUUUGACAAAAAAAAAAGAAACAAAUCUACCAGUAGGAAAAAUCUACAGUAAGUAAUAUAUAUAUGUGGUUUUAGGUAAAUACAAACUAUAGAUAUAUUGCCAAGUGAAGAAGAAGAGGAGACAACUCAGCAACUCUUGUUUUAAAGAUACGGAGUCCCAUUUAAUUUUGGAUUCCAUAUAAGGGGAGAAAAGAAAACGUUUUGACUCAAGAGAGAGAUAGACAAAGAAAGACCAAAAGAAAAAAACGGAAUAUUCCGGCGACGAUUGAGAGAGACUCUCAAUUAUACAUGGAGAAAUGUUCCCGACGGUCUGUUCUCCUUCACAUGGUGAUCGCCGCCGUAUUAUUCUCUUUUGUUCCGGUUUCAACCUCUAUUCCCUUCAUACUCUUUCAUGGAAUUGGAGAUAAAUGUUCUGGUGGAGUAAGUAACUUCACGCAACUUCUAAGCAACCUCUCUGGCUCACCUGGUUCUUGCUUAGAAAUAGGAAACGGAGAAAAUGACUCAUGGUUCAUGCCAUUGACUAAGCAAACUAGCUUAGCAUGUGAGAAAGUGAAACAGAUGAAAGAGUUGAGUCAAGGCUACAACAUUGUUGCAGAGUCUCAAGGCAAUUUAGUUGCUAGAGGACUUAUCGAGUUUUGCGACAAUGCUCCUCCUGUCAUCAACUAUGUCUCCUUAGGAGGUCCUCAUGCCGGCAUUGCUGCGAUCCCCAAGUGUACUUCUGGUCCACUAUGUGCUAUCGCUGAAGCCUUGUUGAAGUCAGCCAUUUAUAACGACUUCAUUCAAGAUCAUCUUGCUCCCAGUGGUUUUGUCAAGAUUCCUAGUCAAAUCUCAAAGUAUUUGGCACACUCAAAGUAUCUACCAAAGCUUAACAAUGAGAGACCUGACGAAAAAAACUCCACUUUCAAUGACCGAUUUGCCAGCUUACACAACUUGGUUCUUGUCAUGUUCCAAAAUGAUACAACAUUAAUCCCUAAAGAAACUGCUUGGUUUGGAUAUUAUCAAGAUGGAGGAUUCGAUACUCUUUUGUCACCACAACAGACAAAGUUAUACAAAGAAGAUUGGAUUGGUCUGAAAGCAUUGGAUGUUGCCGGAAAAGUGAAGUUUGAAAGUGUAUUAGGGGACCACCUCGUUAUAUCGGAUGAGGAGGUUGAGGAAUAUGUUGUGCCUUACUUGAUGCAAAACGAAGAUUUUGAAUUUCUUUCACAUAACCUAACAUGUGACUAUUGUGACAGCAACUGAAAAUUUUUAGGGGGGCCUUAUUCAAUUUAAUAGUUUUCUAAAAUCCAAGUCUAAUUUCUUGGUUUUGAUAGACAAUUUUUUUUUUUUGGUUAAAAGAAUUAACUUAAAUCAGUGGAUUUGUUAAUAUUUACACAUUAACAAAUGCCAUAA